CGUGGCGGACAAGCUCAACCCAGCACUCACAAUACGCUUCACAUUUCCCUCUUUUAGUCUCACGUGUUCACUCCCCCCACUGUCGUCGCUGAUGGAAUCGAUUGCCAAUGAUGCACCAAAGCAGUCCCUUGUCGCCGCGCUGCAAGAACGAAUCCUCCACUCGAUCCGAUCGAUAAGCACGCCAGGCGGCUGGAAGGUGGUCGUGGUCGACCGGCCCUCGCUCAAGAUCAUCUCGUCGGUGCUCAAGAUGCACUCGGUGCUCGAUGAAAAGGUAAUGGCUGUCGAGCUGAUCUCGCGCUCGCGCCAGCCGUACUACGACCUGGACGCCCUGUACUUUCUUGUUCCUUGCGCCCAGUCAAUCUCGAUGCUGACAAACGACUUCUCCGCCGGCCCGCAGAGCUCAAGCGACCGCCCGCUGUACGCCCACGCACACCUGUUCUUCACCGGCGCCCUGCCGACGCCACUAUUUCGCCAGCUCAGCGCAUCGAGGGUUGCUCGCUAUAUUCCGCACCAUCAGCGAGCUCUACAUCGAGUUCAAUCCGAUCGAGUCGCGGGCAUUUCUAACGACUCCGUCGGCGACGCCUUUCUACACCAUGUACUCGCCACACGCCACUGCUCUGCUGACGGAGGAUCUGGAUGCCGCAGCCGAGCGUCUGCUCAGUGUCAUUGUGUCGCUCCAAGGCUUAAGCCAUAUAUCCGCUACUAUCGUCCUGGUCUGCGCCGCGAUAUUUCCGCUGUCGACAUCUCACACGUCUCGCCAGGAAUGUGCACUACUGGCAUGCCCCGGGAUUCGCAGAGGCAAUGGCCAACCGCCUGCAGCUCAAGCUUGACAGCUAUAACUCGUACAAGCACCGAAAGCGACCGCAGACGGUAAGUUCAGGUAUUGGCGGGCACUGCACUGAUCUGUUUGGAUCUUUUAGGCCAGCCGCUGCAGAGACUACUCUAUACUG